AUGCAUGCAAAGCCGUGUUUUUACUGUAUAAUCCUCUUGACCACCCUAUUCAUCUCCUCGUGUUACUGGCAACCGUUUACCCUCGACACACCUCUUGCAAUUCCUUGGUCGGAGAAUAUCACUACCUUCGGCGCAGCCCUCAACGCUACCCUCUCCAAAGACUUGCAGAAUAUCACCCUCCCAUCAACUAUCCGCGUAAUCGAUCGCUGCUGGUGUGACUUCUCCACCAACGGCUUCUUCGAGCCAUACAAUGUCACGCAAUGGGAAUGGAACAGUGUAGACAAACUCAAGACAGAUCUAGAGAAGCAGGCCGCUGCGACGCUGAUGUUGGAGUUUGCGGAGAAAGACCAAGAUGGUGAACUUGCGUCGCCGGCUGCCUCGCUGACUACAUCACAUGUGGACAUGCCCCGUACCGCCGCCCCCAAUCCCGCCUCGCAAACGCCUACCCAGUACUCAAAUAGACCUACUUUCCUUCGGCAGGUCCUUUGGGUUCUGCUAUGGCCCUUGGUACCGAAGCCGGAGUUCGGAGUUCCCGUACAUCUCCCCCAUGGAUUUGUUCCCCAACCAGAUCCCUCGGAAGCUUCUGCUGCGACUUUCCCCCCCGAAACAGAGUCUCCAAAAUCCUUGCCACUGCUCCGAAAAGAGUACGAUCUCCGACCGUACGGACUAAAUAUUACGAUAGACUUUGGGUGGUCGCGUGCUGUUCCAUGA